AUGGUGUUGUGCCAGGACUGCAAGGAGGCGGGCGUGCACGACGACAGCGGCCACCCGACCUGGGUCGACACCUGUACGGCCUCCAUCAGCGCCACGAAGACACGAAGCAUUGCGCUCACGCUCGCUAAUCCUUCCCUUUUAGCGCUGUGCAUGGGCAAAGUGAAAGGACCCACGCUCGCCCAAUCGCUCAAGAAUGCGUUCCGCAUGUUCGAGGGCAGGCCGUGUCUGGGUUGGCUUCCGCUCAAGGAGGGCCGGCUGGCCAACAUCGUGUGGCUCACCUACGGCCAGCUCUACGCCAAGAGCCUCCAGUUCGGCUCCGGCCUGCGCUCCCUCGUAGACCAGCGCGACUUUGUCGGUAUAAGUGCGAAGAACAGGUUGGAGUGGUAUGUGACCGACUACGCCUGCUUCUUCCACAACAUCGUCUCCGUGCCGAUCCACACCAGCUUCGACGAGGUCGAGGUUGCGCAUGUCAUCAACAACUCCAGCCUUAAGGUGGUGAUCACCUCGGCCGAUCUGGCCGGCAAGUACGCCAAGGUCAGCCCGCAGUGCCCGACGCUGAAGCACAUCGUGCUCAUGGAACGGCCGGACGAGGCCUUGGUCGCGCUGGCCGCGCAGUACGGAGUCGCGCUCGUGUACUGGUACGACCUCUACGCCAAGGGACAAGAGUCGCCUGUUGAAGCGCACGGCGUGGAGGGCUCCCAGCAGCUCAUCACCCUCUUCUACACCAGCGGGUCGACCGGCAAGCCCAAGGGAGCGGUGAUCACGGACCAGAUAUUGAAUGACGACGUGACCACGGAGUACGGAAUCCCGGACCCGUUCGUCACCAUGUCCUUUGCUCCGCUGGCCCACUCGGAGCGCGUCUCCGUGCUCCUCUCCAUCAUGAAGGGCGGGCGCAUCGCCAUAUUUUCGCAUGAAACUGAUCGUCUGUUUGAGGCGUUUGCCAUCGUCAAGCCUUCCAUCGUUUCGUCGGUUCCUCGGUUGUUCAACAAGCUCUACAGCGAGUAUCAGUCCGAGCUGGCACGAAUCGAGCAGGCCGAAGGCAAUUCGCUCACAAGGAAGGAGCAGGAGCGAGAGCUGCUCCUCCGUUUCAAGCAAUCUUUUGGCGGCGCCACACAGAUGCUCAUCAGCGGUGGAGCGCCCAUCGCACCCACCGUGUUGGAAUGGCUGAAGCGGUGCUUCGAGUGUCCGGUCUACGAGGGCUACGGCACCACCGAGGUGGGUCCCAUCGCCACCAAUGGCUGGAUCCACCAGUCUGUUGAUGUUAGAUUGGAGGACGUGCCGGAGCUGGGCUACUUCACCACCGACUCGCCCUACGCGCGCGGCGAGAUCUGGGUCCGAACCAAUCUCACCGUUCCCGCGUAUUACCGAAACAAAGAAGAGACGGAGCGCGCGUUCAAGGACGGCUGGUUCUGCACGGGCGACAUCGGCGAGCGCACGGCCCAGGGCUGCGUUCGCAUCAUCGACCGCCGGAAGCACAUCUUCAAGCUGGCCCAGGGCGAGUUCGUCGCGCCCGAAAGGUGGCUGACGUGGCACAUUCCACCAAGGCUCGAGAAUGUGUUGAUGGCCUCGCCGCUCGUGCAGCAGAUCUUCGUGCACGGUGACAGCAUGCGCUCGUUCCUGGUCGCGGUCGUGGUGCCCAACGAGAGCGCGCUGCGCGCGUGGGCCGCCGGGCAGCAGCUGCAGGACGAGCCCGAUCAGCGAUCGCUGGCCGAGCUGUGCCGGCUCGAAUCGGUCCGGCGCGCCAUUCUCUCCUCGCUGUCGCACAUCAUCUCCCAGUCCGGCCGCCCCGCUUGGGAAGCGCCCAAGGGUAUAUUGUUGGACAACGAGGCGUUCACGGACGCCAACGGGCUGCUGACGCCGUCGGAGAAGCUCAACCGCCGCGGGCUGCUGGCCCACUACGGCGACCGCCUCGCGGCGCUCUACGAGUCGCUCGAGAAGAAGCUCGAGAACGUGCGCGGCGUGCUGGUGGCCGACGUCCUGCCGCGCGCGCUGGGCGACGUCGGCGGCCUGGACCACGAGGGCACCGGUGAGCCCCUCAUCAACGACUCCCUCUCCGCCGUGCGGCUCAUGCAAGUCCUCCGCGACAGAUUCCACGUGGAGGUGGGCGUGGAGGCCCUGUACAGCGGAAAUGUGACGGUCGACCGGCUGACAGACCUCAUCAACUUUUCGUCGUCCUCGUCCUCCUCUUCCGAUCCGUCGGCUUCGUCGCCCGCCACCUCGCUGCCCUCCUUCUUCGUGUCUUCCGCGCCCAUGACCGAUUGGGAAGCUGAGGCUGCGCUGGCUAACGACUUGCGGCCCGUCCACGCGAUCGAGAGCUCCCCCUCGGCAGAGGAACUGCCCGGCCACGUCCUGCUGACCGGCUGCACGGGCUUCCUGGGCGUCCUGCCACUGACCCGCGAGGACGAGGAGCGUAUCGUGCUCGAGCUGGGCGACCUCGGCCAGCCCAACCUCGGGCUGUCGGCCGCCAGCUUCGCCGAACUGAGCCACGUGAUCGAAGUCGUGUACCACUGCGGCGCCCUCGUUUCAGCGGUGCAUAAUUAUGAGCGCCUGCGGCCGGCCAACGUGGUGGGCACGCUGGAAGUGCUGCGGCUCUGCUGCCAAGGGCGCACCAAGCGACUCGAGCACAUCUCCACCAUCUCCGUGCUCGACGCCUGCCCGCCUCCGCUCACCGAGACCGUCGAACUCGACCCCGCACACAUCGCGCGCCUCACCCCCUACAGUCCAAGUAUGUGGCGGAGCUGUUGGUUCGCGGUGCACGGCCGCGGUCUGCCGGUGCGCGUCUAUCGGCCGGGCACGAUCGGGGGCCACUCGGCCACGGGCUUCAGCAACCGCCACGACUUUGUCAAUCGGCUGCUCUGCGGCAUGGUCCAGCUGGGCGCCUGCCCACGGCUCGGGGCCGACGUCGGCGCGGAGGUCAACAUGUGCCCCGUCGACUACGUGGCCAAGACCAUCGUCGGCAUCUCGCUCUGGGCCGAGCCCCCCAAGUGCGGCGCCACGCCCAAGGCGUACCACCUGGUCAACGAGCAUUCGCUGCCGCUGGGCGAGGCGGUGGAGCAGCUGAAGGAGAUUCUGGGGGUCGAGCUGCGCGAGGUCGGCUACGACGAGUGGCGCACAGCGCUGUGCAACGCGCCCGAGACCAACGUGCUCCUGCCUCUCGCUGCCGCCUUCCGGCCCAGCGGCUUCCCCCGGCUCGAUCAGCCGGUUGACACCCUGGCCGCCCUGGACUCGCUUGCGCAUCCUUCAUCAAAGCCUGCUGGCGGGCGUGUGAUGCGCUGCCCCAAGAUUGACAAAACAAUCUUGGCCUGCUACAUGGCACACCUGAAGGGCCUGGGGUUCCUCCAGCCUUCUGUUUAG